GCGUAAACAAAUACAAUACCAUGACCUCUUAUAUUUACAGAUACAUUUGAUAAUCGAGUAAACAAAUAAAUAUUGUUAAAAAUGACAAAUUGAAUUGAGGCUAUGGCAUUUAUUGAUAUUUGUUUGAUUGAGUGCAAACUAACUCGUUAGAAAUUUCGGAACAAUAAAUAAAAUAUAUAAAUCUAAGCGCAAUUAAGGAACUAAUCAAAGCAUGGAACCGAAAAGUGUCGCAAUAUCUCUCGUAGAAAAAAAUUCAAAUGAAAUCGAAUAUACUUCAGGAAUACAAAUUUCAGAAGACUGGAUUCUUGCCCCUGGAACUUUGUUGAAAUCAAAAAUAGAGGAUCAGACCCUUUUAGAUUUUAUUUCUGCAUUACCAUCCGGUGAAAUAAAGUCAUUAAGAGAAGAAAAUUUACAAGUUCAAGUGCAAUCUUGUGCAAUGACGGAAUCUAGAGAAAUUACAGAAAUCAAAAGUACAAAGGGUUCUAUUGCUGGUUUAUGGAGCUGCCCUUUACUCGCUGAUUCUUUGGCGAACUUAUACUCUUCUAAAAGUUUAAAUGAGAAUUUUGAAAGGCUGAAUAAGAUACUUUUACCAAUAUUUUUAGUAGUACGACUUGAUCGAGAUGAUGAGAAGGUCAAUAACGUAAGCGAGUGCAGUGUUAAAGAUAUUUACCAAGUUUUAAGUUGUUUUUUCGACAGUCACCUAUCUGGGGAAGAUUAUAAGAGAGGUGAUGACGUGCAAGUUGAAUCAACACCGUUCGGAAAUCCCGUAUUUAUUAAUUCGGUCUCAAAAGGAAUAGUGAGUAAUGUACUGGGAGUAAAUAACUGUAUCAUGUUGACGGAUGCAAAUGCGGUUCCAGGAUGUGAAGGAGGGCCUGUCUAUGCUGCGAGGAAAAAUGGAAGCAGAGUAAUAUACGGAAUGGUGAUUGCUCCGAUGACUUUGUGUCGUAGCGAAUGGGUGAAUUAUACUUUUGUCGCAUGUCUUCUACCUUGUUUGAAAAAACUGCUAAGAAAACAGGAACCUAAAAAUAAUUUCCUGAUGAUUAACCAACAAAAUACUGAUAUUACUGAUUUACUAGAUAAGAGUGUGGUGCUCAUAUAUUGUGGCUCUGAAUGGGGCAGUGGAAUACUUUUGGAUCGAGACACUGGGACAAUUUUAACAUGUUCACACGUAAUUGAUCAAGCACCAAAUAGACGGAUCAAGGUUGUCUUUGGCCAUAAAGACCUAAGCCAUGGAUCUAAGAAAAGCCAGUGGGCGAAAUUGAUUUAUCGAACACCUAAAGGUAUACCCUAUGACAUCGCUGUGAUAAAAGUUGAUCCAUUAGAGAUAAGCAACUACAUGCAACCUUUAAAGAUUAGAAACACCGCAGCUGUAAAAGGUGAAAGUGUUAUAAGCGCUGGAUUCCCGUUUUUAUAUACAAGCUUACCAACAAUAACACAUGGCAAUAUUUCCAAUGUCUCACCGUAUAUGCUUCAAACGACCUGCUAUGUUCAAAGUGGCACCAGCGGUGGACCAAUUAUCAGACCUAACACGGGAGAAUUACUUGGUAUUAUUGUCUGUAAUGUUACUACAUUUAAUACGUUGUAUCCAAGAACCAACAUGGCCAUUCCAGCAACUAUUUUCAGUGACCCCAUCAACCAAUACAUCAAAACUGAACGUGUUCAGGCUUUUGAUACUUUGAUGACUCAAGACAAGGAUGCGAUACGUAUGUGGAACUGCUUCUUACUUUCAAGAAUAUAAUUUAUCAUUUUUGCCAGUAAAAAAAAAAAUUAUAAUUAUAGAAAUAUAUUCUUGUCUGUAAUUUAUUAUAAUAAA